AUGGUCCGAGAGAAAGUCAAAGCGAAAAAAGUGAAGCUUAGCCAAGAGCAGUGUUUCAGUUUCGGAGAAGAGAGUAAUAGUGAUCAGGAAUUAAUGGAAUUGUAUGAAGAACAGGAAACUUUGCAGGAAACUAAAGAAAAGACAAGUGAGAUCAAUAAAGAAUCUUUAGGAACCAUGCUUGAAGCAGAAGAUAUAUCAGACGCGUCGACCCAAUCGGAAGAAUAUAGCCAGAGAUAUGACGAUGAUGAUAUGGCACAAUGUGUCCCUGAAUUAGUCGUCUAUACUCCAACUCAGCCAAAGGAAAAACCUGCGGUUAAUGAAACAAAACGAGGACCAAGAAAGAAAUUCACUCCUAAAAGACAAAGAAAGACUAAGCCUUUAAAGCAGCCCACGUCUGUCUCACCACAAGAGCUGAAGAGUGAGUCUGAUGAUUUUCACAAGUCCAAGAAAGAGGGAACCUGGAUACAAUGUUCAAAGAUUGAUUGUCUUAAGUGGAGAAAACUUCCAAACAAUGUUGAACCGUGUACAAUACCUGAACGUUGGGUCUGUGCCAUGAAUUCAGAUUUGUCCCGUACCGAGUGUACAGCAUCGCAGGAAACGUGUGACAGUCAAUUAGAUUUUGAUGUAGUCUAUACACCAUUCGUAGCUGGAUCGUUAGUUUGGGCCAAGGUACCUGGAUAUCCAUGGUGGCCUGGAAUGGUUGAGGAUGAUCCAGAUUACCAUUGCUGUUAUGAAACGGAUGAUACCAAUGUUAAUCCAAUCAGUUAUCAUGUUUCCUUCAUCUUCGACAAAGACGUUUCUCGUUCUUGGGUGAGUUACCUGAAUAUAACAAGACUUUGGAGGAUCAGAAAACCCAAAUGA